CGCUUGGUAUUUCGAAUUAUGGUGAACUCGCUGUUCCGCUCUUCAUGCUCUUGUUUCGUAAGACUACAUUGCCUUUCUUCAUCACUUUCGUGUGUUGAUGAGGGUUACCUUGCUGUGUUCACCAAACAUGAAUGAUGGUACAGUGUCGAAAAAGAUAGGUAAAAAACGUACAGUAGGAACUGCUAGUGCUACGGACUCGCAGGAUCAGCCGACGGAUGAUUCGGGACCUCCGUCUUCUCCGAUAUCGUGUUCACAAAAAAGCGUGGAGGAUGAAACCACUGCAACGAGUUCGUGUUCUUCACAAGAUUGCGAAGUUGAAGUGUUCGGUGGGAGAAAGAAGAAAAUAAGUCCAAUAAAACUGCCAGCAUCGGCCAGUUUAUGGAAGGAUGAUACUUGGUGGGCUGAUGGGGACGUGCUUAUGGGGUCUCCUCUGGAUUUAUUGCGCAUAAAAUACGAUAGUGAAUUCAUUGACAAUCACAUUGGCGCUGACGACGAGGAUGACUAUAAGAGUAUAUUCGAAAUGGCCCAUGUGAAGAUCGACCAAGACCUGGAAGAAAAAAUUAACAAAAAACAGGAAGAAAUGACUAAAUGGUUACCCGAGAAGUUCAACAUCGAAAAUCUGGACUUCGAAGACACAGAAAAAUUGAAAUUAAGCAUGAGCUUCCUAAUAUAUAUAAUGGAUAAAAGCAACAUGGAUCAACAAGGGUACUGGAUAUAUCAUGGAUGUAUGGCAUACCUUAAAAGACUGAAAAGUAUCUUUGAAAUGUGUUUAGCCCAACCACCUGCAAAACCUGAUGAACAGACCUUCACUUGGCUUUUCUGUACAUUUACACAGAUGCUAUCAAUUGAUUUGCCUUCCGGUGGAUGUAUGCCCCGUUCCUUGAGGGUGUGUGGUAAUGAUGUGAAAUCUAUCCCUGAUUUGCGUAUGCUGAAAGUUGAAGACAUGAAACUGAAGGGAUGUUAUGAAAUCUCUGUCGUCACUGUUGGUGAGGUGAAAAAACGCACUGUGAGUGUAGUGAAAGAUCAGGAAGAACAAUCUGAUGCAGCAGGAGAUAACUUGAUAAAGCGACGUCGUCUUGACAAACUGAAAAACACAUUUUCAAGUGAUCUUCGUGGACAGCAUGCUGCCGAGUUAUUAGUUGAGCUUCCAUUUUCAGCUGUGAAAGGUUAUAACAACGACAACCUUAUCUUUGGUUUGGUCAUCCAGGCAACAAAGGUCAGUCUUACUUGUCUAAGGAUGAAGAAAGAGCACCUGCAAGAGCUGCUUGAGGAGACAAGUGAAGUAAGUCCUUCACACAAGGCGAACAUUUUUUACACUAGGCCGUAUGAUAUGUUAUGUGCAGAGGAUCGAAAGCACUUGGUUUACAUUUUGACAACUUUGGCUAAGCUUGCUGGUCAUAUUAUAUGAAUACUGUAAUCAAGCCCUCUUCGUAUGCACAUUCCUGUUUGUCCCUGCUCAUGUGACUAUCUUAAAAACAACUGGACUGAUUAGCGAACAGCCAGUGGGUCAAGAUCAAUUAAUGCAUUUACCCACAUCACUGCAAUAAUUCGAGUGUUCAAACACAGACUGUAAGUUGUGUUCCAACAUAUAUGGGUACUUUUAGUCACCCUCAGUUAAGUUGACUUCAAUGGUUUUUUACUCUAUUAAGUGGA